AUGAAAUUCUCUUGUCUUGACUUAAACUAAAAGAGCCCAUAAUUUUUCUCUCUUAAAUUUUCACGUUAGAAUCUGGAUUUGAUAAACCCUUUAAUUGUUGCAGUUUAUCCUGGGUGUAAUGCGUAUUUAACUCUGCCUAAAACCACUCGUUAGCACCGGUAGUCGACCAGCGUUAUUAGUUGAUGAGGUUCAUUUCAGAGCCAGGAAUCGUUUCCCUGUUGGGAAGAGUUACCCGUUUGAGUAUCAAAUCAGCAAGUUUUUUUGCUUCCGGUUGAGAGCGGCGGCUGGCUUCUGUUCUCUCAUUUUCAUAUACUAUCAUGUUCUCUCAUUUUCAUAAAUUAUCAAGCAUUUGGUGUUGAUAUCUGCCAUUCUGAUUCAAUCCAAGCUCUCCAUAAAGUCGUCCAAGGCUGUUGGAAACAGGGAAGUACUUGCAUGCAAAGUGUUCGACAAAAGGCUUGUACCAGAACCAGCAGAUGUUUGUGCCACAUUGAUAAACAGAACAGAUAAAAACAUCUUUUUUAAUAGUUGUGAUGAUCAGAACAGCGGGAUUUUCUUUUUCUCAGAUACUUGGAGUACCUGGUGGCAAAGUCGAUGGCUCCAGACAGAGGCAGCUUUUCAUCUUUUUCUCUAACGAUAAAUGUAACUUGAGGUCUUCUACAGGGUUUAACUACUUGAUUACUGCUAAAGUGCAAGCAGGGGAAACUGCAGCCAAUCGGACUGGGAACCAUUUAUUAGUGGACUGUAGCACAGACUCUCUCAACUCCUCCAGAGAUGAUGCUAUCUCUGCAGUCGCUAAAUUAAGCAGCUUAAGCUCACAUAAAUCUCAAGCAAAUGCUGUCUUAGUUGUUGAUUAUCUGGAACGGAUAGGCAUGGAUCAGGCUCAUAUAAAUGCUGCUGUGUCCAAGUUUCCAAAAUUGCUACUCUAUGACCCUGACAAAAAGCUUCACCCCAAAAUUCAGUGCCUGGAAGAAUUUGGGCUAUCUGGGUCAGAUCUUUUCAAUUUCAUUGCAAAAUAUCCCUUCGUUCUUGCUAGAGGAUUAGACACUCAUCUGAGACCUGCCUUACAUUUAAUCAGACGAGCUGCUGGUAGCAAUAAGAAUGCUGUGAAAGCUCUAAAGAGAUCUGGUCGUUUGCUUUCCUACAGUAGUUGCAAAACUAUGGAAGCUAAUAUACUGUUGCUGCAAGAAGCUGGUUUUUCAGACGAUAAAAUCCAACAGUUUGUCAUGGCAAGGCCACGUUAUAUAACAAAUAAGCCUACUUGGAUUGGCAAUACUUUGAAAAGAGUAGAAAUGGAGUUUGGGAUUUCUCGAAACUCCCCAAUGUUUUACUGCGGAUUACUUGUUGCAACUGCACUGAAUAAGUCAACAGUGGACAAGAAACUUGAAAUCUUCAGGAGCUAUGGGUGGUCUAAUUCAGAAAUUUCUACCAUGGUGCAAAAACUACCCCAUUCUUUAACUCUAUCAGAGGCUAGGUUGAAAAAGGUACUGAAUUUUUUUAUGAAGGAACUUGGGUAUGAAUCCUAUUACCUGGCUUUUCGGCCCAUCAUUCUAACAUAUAGUUUGGAGAAGAAGAGCAUCCCUAGGAGUCAAGUGUUGAAAACUCUGGAAGAAAAUAAUCUGAGAGUGUGCUCGCUCUUUACAGCCAUAGUGUUGAGUGAAUCAAAGUUUUUGGGGGAUUACGUGUUACCAUACAAGAAUAAACUGCCUGAUAUGUAUCAGAGAUAUAUAAAAGGUAGAGCAAAAUAGAUGGAGCGUGCAGUAGUUUGUUGAUUGAUUAUUCUUGGUGUUGUGGGACUGGCCAAAGUUGCUAACUUGUGUGUUUAAGUUCAGUGACAUGCUAGGGAUGGGGUAGAGAAUGUGAGGAUUUUCUUUGCUUACUGAAUGCUGAUUUGUAUUAUGCUUCAAUCUUGAUUUUGAAUUUUGAUUGCUGCA